AUGUGGACAGAGUUUGCGUCAACCUCAUUCCUUCCGGCUUGGGUCUCAUCCGACUGCACCUCUAUCGCCACAGUGAGUUCGUUGCACUUUGAUCUCACCACGCAAGGUACCGCUAUCGGUACCAACAGCAUCACCCACUCGGUCGUCGACAAAGACCUGACCGGAGACGGCUUUCCUGACGCCGUCAUCUCGACCGCCAACGGUGUUCAUCUGGUGCCCAACUCGGCGCUCUCCUCGCCGUACUGGGUCGCCAACGACACUGUGGCUGCCUCCAACAUCUGGACCGCAGCCAGUUCUACCGGCACCAUCCACGUGCUGGAGGACAUGGAUCUCGAUGGCGAUCUGGACAUGGUGUUCUGGCACUACUCUUCGAGUGCCGAUGCGACGUGGUACCCCAACAUGGGCAACGGCACGUUCUCGGUCAACCCGAUCAUCAUCCAUGCCACACCCGGCUCGUACUACUGCUACGGACCAGCGUUUGGCGACUUUACCGGCGACGGGAUUCGUGAUUUUGCGGCCGGACGGACUGAUCAUCGAGUGGUGCUGAUUGCGGCGAAUGGAGCGGGCAUCAUUUCCGACGCCAUCACGACGCCGGUUCUGAUCUCGUACUCGAGCGUGUACACGCCCGGAAACGUGGGGAUCGGCGAUUUUGAUGGCGACGGUGACAGUGAUCUCGCUAUCUUGUUCCAUGGCACUCGGGCAUGGGGCUUUACGGCAGUGCGCAACGUGGCGACCGGCCCGGGGCCGUUUGUGGCCGGGGCGACCGAGUGGUUCAAGCGCGACUGCCGAGACUGCCGUGGGCUGGCCACAUACGACGUGGACGGCGACGGACGGAUGGACGCGUUGUAUUCGUCGGUGCGGUACGACCAGUUCUUCUACACGCGGUGGGACGGAACCGAAUUUACGACACACACGAUCGGGUCGGGUGUUGAGGCGUACUUUAUCAAGUUUGUUGACAUCGACAAGGACGGCAAGAUUGAUGUGCUGGCGGGUGACGGAUUCCGGCUCCGAAUCUACGGGUUUGACUCGAUCACCAGCUUCCCGCUGUGGUACAAUCAGGAGAUCCGAUACGGACAGCGGAGCGCCGGGCGUGGGCAGUUUGACGUGGUGGACGUGGAUGGCGACACGUGGAUGGAUGUCGUCUCACCAGGCUCGAACGGGAUCUACAUCAUGUACAAUGCUGGGCCUGCAAGCGCGCGGCCUGGAGCGGACGAGCUGUUCCCGCGGUCCAAGAUGGUGCGAGCGAUGGGCGAUCCCGUGGUGACGUCGUGGGGCGUGGCGUCUGUGAUCGGCGACAUCAACGGCGAUGGGAUGUUUGAGAUCCUUGGGUUUACGGGCACGGCGGCACCGUACUCGAUGGUGGCUGUGCGGCCUGCCACGAACGACGGGUACGCACCGAACCAGUAUGUGGCACCCGGCAGCGGGGUGUUUGGGUACAAGAGCGAUGCGGCGAUUGCACUGUCCGAGGCGUCGUUCACGGCGAUGCACGCCAUGGCUGUGGUUGACAUUGACUACGACGGCGACUACGAUGUGGUGUUCUCGGCACGCAACGGGAGCGAGGCCGGGGCGUUGUGGCUGGCGCGCAACCGGUACGUGGAGGACGGACUGAGCGGAACGACGAGCACCGUGUUUGACGAGCUGUUGCGACUGGGCUGGGGCCAUAGCACGGGUGACUAUGUGACCGAGUUUGAGAUUGGCGACCUGAACAACGACGGGCAGCUGGAGAUUGUGAUGAUCUGGUACGACAGUGAGCGGAUCGACAUUCUCUCGACGUCUGUGCCAGGGUAUGGCGGGCCUGUGAUCAACGGGAGCUAUGCGACGGGAGGAUCCGAGCUCGUGAGCCUGCAGAUUGUGGACCUCAACAUGGACGGAUCGGACGAUGUGCUGUUCCUGCGGAACAGGCGGUAUGUGCGUGCGCUGUUUGGACAGGCGCCCGGGGCCGACUACGAGCAUUUUCACUACAUGACGGAAGUCGAACUGUACGACGCGGGGCGUGAGACGUAUUGGGUGACAGCGGGACAGCUCAACGGACCGGACGAUGCGUAUGUGGACAUUGCAGUUGUUCGGUACAACGAUCCUGUAAUCUGGCUGGUGGGCCAGGACGGGAGCGGGACCAACUAUGCUGCGCGCAGCGUGGGCGGGAUCCCGGCGCUGACCAACAGCCACUACCGAGGCACGCACGCGGUGGCGCACUUUCGGGACGUGAACGGUGACGGGUACGACGACGUGGAGUUUACGUCUACACAGUACAUCUACUACAUGCCAUCGUACGGGUUCAACGGGGCGUACAACUACCACUGGUCGUCAUCGUAUCUAUAUUACACAUACGGCAUGGUUGUGGCGGACGUCAACGGCGACUCACUCCCGGAGAUGAUCUCGCCGAACCACAACGGGCCGGUGGCAUCGACGUGCACUACACGACGAACCGGUUCACGAGCAUCAGCCUACAGCGGACGAGUCUUUCACGCGAUGUGGACAACUCGCGGAUGA